AAGCUGCUGUUCAGCUCGUGCACAGCAUUCGCGAGGCGUGGAGCUGUGAUUGUGAGCAAGAAGAGGCUCAACUCGAUCCUGCAAUAUGAUUGCCGUGCAUAAACCUUCCGACAUGCGUGACUUGAUGCGACUUGAACGGACCGGUGCCCAUUCCCACAUCCAUGGACUCGGUCUCGACGAUCAUUUCGAACCGAAGGCGGUGGGACAGGGCAUGGUUGGUCAGGUCAGUGCGCGCCGAGCCGCCGCGCUCCUACUGGAGAUGAUCAAGGAGGGAAAAAUCGCGGGAAGAGCAGCUCUCCUCGCUGGAGAACCAGGAACCGGUAAGACUGCUAUCGCCAUGGGAAUGUCGUCGGCUCUCGGUCCGGACACCCCAUUCACCUCGAUAUCCGGCUCGGAAUUCUAUUCCUUGGACAUGAGCAAGACCGAGGCGCUCAUGCAAGCCCUACGGAAGAGCAUCGGGGUACGAAUCAAGGAAGAAACCGAAAUCAUCGAAGGUGAGGUCGUUGAGAUCCAGGUUGACCGGCCGGCAACAGGCCAAGGAACGAAGGUGGGGAAACUCACUCUGAAAACGACCGAAAUGGAAACAGUUUACGACCUUGGCACGAAAAUGAUCGAGUCCAUGCUCAAAGAAAAAGUCGUUGCCGGAGACAUAAUUUCGAUCGACAAGGCGACGGGAAAAGUCACCAAGCUGGGCCGAAGUUUCACCAAAGAACGCGAUUACGAUGCUUCGGGACCGCAGUCGAAGUUCGUCCAGUGCCCUGAAGGCGAGCUGCAGAAGCGCAAGGAGGUCGUGCACACGGUUACCUUGCACGAAAUCGACGUAAUCAACUCACGCACCCAUGGCUUCCUCGCUCUGUUCAGCGGCGACACCGGUGAGAUCAAGACCGAAGUUAGGGAACAGAUCAACGCGAAGGUAUCCGAGUGGCGCGAGGAAGGAAAGGCCGACAUCGUUCCUGGUGUUCUGUUCAUCGACGAAGUCCACAUGCUCGACAUCGAGUGCUUCAGUUUCCUGAAUCGGGCUCUCGAAAGCGAUUUGGCACCGAUUCUUGUCAUGGCCACUAACCGAGGCCUGACGAAAGUUCGAGGAACCGAGUACGAGUCUCCCCAUGGUAUACCGAUGGACCUCCUCGAUAGAGUGCUCAUCAUUUCGACUGUCCCGUAUACAGAGAAGGAGAUCAAGCAGAUUCUCAAAGUUCGAUGUGAGGAGGAAGAUGUCAACAUGCAAGACGACGCUCUGAACAUCCUGACGAAGAUCGGGACCGAAACUUCGCUGCGUUACGCAAUUCAACUGAUAACGACCGCCCAGCUGGUGGCGCAAAAAAGGGGCGCAUCUGAGGUUUCGUUGGCGGAUAUAAAACGAGUUUAUUCUAUGUUUGUCGAUGUCAAGCGGUCACAAGGCUACCUUGACGAAUACCAAUCCGAGUUGCUCUACCAUCAGGCGUAGAUCAGGAAGCAACAUCCGUGUAUAAUAUCAUGAAUCAAUUUCUGUGUAUAAUAUUAUUAUCAUUACCGUGUCAAAUAAAAGCCAUCUGGCAACAAAU